GUACUGCCUUUCAUCUACCGUGCCAUUGGUUCAAAGCAUCUUCCUGGCAGUAACAUCACCUUUGUUCAUCUUGAUUCCCAUCCAGACCUUCUUAUUCCUGUGAAUAUGCCUGCAGACACCGUAUUUGACAAAGAAGCUCUUUUUAGUGAAUUAAGUAUUGAGAAUUGGAUUAUGCCUGCUGUUUAUGCUGGCCAUAUUUCUCAAGUAGUUUGGCUUCACCCACCCUGGGCUCAGCAGAUCUCAGAAGGAAAACACAAUUUUUUAAUUGGGAAAGACAUAUCAACAACUACAAUCAGGGUUACAGGUACAGAUAAUUACUUUUUAAGUGAUGGUCUUUAUGUCCCUGCUGAUCAGCUAGAAAACCAGAAGCCUUUGAAUUUACACGUCAUUCUCAUCAAUCCGACUGAAGCAUCAAACAACCAGGAAGAAAAUGGCGAAGUAGCAUCUGCUAAGAGGCUGAAGCUAAAUACAGAUGACACAGCAAGCACUACUUCUGCCUCUUCAUCAGUGGUGCCUGACCUUGAUUACAACACCCCAAAUGUGAAGAAAAAGGAAGUGCAAAAUACAAGUGCCCUGAACAGAACAGAAACCUUGUCAGAGUGCUCAGCUUCGAGCUCUCUAAGAAGCAGUGAAUGCCCAAUAAGGGAUGUUGCUAAAGAUGUCUGCCAAGCACUGCAGAAAGGGGAUGCAUAUGUUUUAGACAUUGACUUAGAUUUUUUUUCAGUUAAAAAUCCAUUCAAAGAAAUGUACACACAGACAGAAUAUGAGCUUUUACAGGAGUUGUACAGUUUCAAGAAGCCUCACAGAAAUGCAACAGAGGAGGGCUUGCUGGAUUGUGUUGAAAACCGUGUUCAUCAGCUAGAAGAUCUAGAAGCAGCAUUUGCAGAUUUGUGUGAGAGCGAUGAUGAAGAGACCCUACAGAAGUGGGCUUCAUAUCCUGGAAUGAAGCCACUUGUUCAACUAGUUCACAGUUUGAAAACCAGGAUGGAAAGCCCGGACUAUGAAAUGGUCCAUCAGGCUGGUCUGACCUGUGAUUAUAUGGAGCUUCCUCACCAUGUUAGCACUGAAGAGGAGAUCGAAGGCCUCAUAAAAUCUGUAAAAGUUCUACUAAAAGAUAUGCCUAAGCCCACUCUUGUGACAAUUGCUCGAUCAAGUUUGGAUGACUAUUGCCCUUCAGAACAGGUUGACAUCAUUCAAGAGAAGGUUCUCAAUUUACUAGGUUCAGUGUAUGGCACUCUUGAUGUGCACUUGGAUUACUCAAGCAUCUCAUCUUCUUUGUGACGUUUCUUCAUGUAUUGCCAUCUAAUGCAGUGGAUUAAUUUAAAUUGUGUAUUACCUGUGGUUGCAAGUGGGAAAUUGCUGUUAUUUCAGCAGGUGGCACUAGAACCCAAGCUGACCCAGAGUCAGGUGCGAGUCACAUUGCUUUCUCCAAGUUAGCUGCAUCUGAACUGGCCUCGUUCAGAUUAGUUCUGUGGUAUUUUUACUGUCUUGCUUCUUAAAAU